CAUAGUAUUAGAUAUCCCCAGAGCAUUUACUAUAAAUUUUAUCUUUCCACAGCUUCAUCUUUUAAUUAAUUUAUUCCCAUGGCUGGAAAAAUUGCAUGCUUUGUGGUGUUGUGCAUGGUGAUAGCCCAUGGAGAAGGCCUAACCUGUGGCCAAGUCACGAGCAACGUAUUCUCUUGCAUUAGAUACCUUAGAAACACUGCACCUUUAGGAAAUUGUUGCAUUGGGGUUAGGAAUCUAGCGAAUCUCGCAAAGACUACACCAGAUCGUCAAGCUGCUUGCAAGUGCCUUAAAUCAGCAGCGGCAGCUAUUUCAGGAAUCAAUUACGGCAAAGCUGCUGGUCUCCCUGCCGCUUGUGGUGUCAAUAUUCCUUACAAAAUCAGUCCUUCCACUGACUGCUCCAAGGUCCGUUAAGGCUGAUGAAUAGUCAAUUGUACACCGCACAAUUUGGUAGAAGUGCAAUUAUGAGGAGAAGAAUAAACUGUGGUUGUCUUUGAUCCUACUUAUGGAUCAAUUUCUGUUUUGUUGUAUCCGUUGUUGUCUCUUUCAUUUUUUUCUUUUCGUAUGUCUCUUUUGAGUUAUUGCCGAGCCUUGUCUAAGUACUAUUGUGUCAUAAAUUGGCGGUUGUAUUACGGAUCCUACUUAUGGAUCCAUACAUCUAUCUUUCAUUUGAAUUUCAUCGUUAUUACUUCUCUUGAA